UAGUCAUGCAGCAAGUCUUGCAAAAACGUAAGAGAAAAAUGGGGUGUUUCCAUCUCACAGUGACUAGUCUGUGCUUUGUAGUGGUUGUGGUUGGAGUGCUUCCACUCUCCUUAGAUGCACAACUAGAUCCCUCGUUUUACAGAGACACGUGUCCCAAGGUUCACUCCAUUGUUCGCGAAGUGGUGAGGAACGUUUCCAAGAAAGAUCCCCGCAUGCUUGCCAGUCUCAUUAGACUUCACUUUCAUGACUGUUUUGUUCAAGGAUGUGACGCAUCAGUUUUGUUGAACAACACUGCCACCAUAGAGAGUGAGCAACAAGCUCUGCCAAACAACAACUCUCUAAGAGGUUUGGAUGUUGUGAACGACAUCAAGACAGCAGUUGAACAGGCUUGCCCCGGCGUGGUUUCUUGUGCUGAUAUUCUUACCCUUGCAUCUGAAAUAUCUUCUAUUCUGGGUGGUGGUCCUGAUUGGAAAGUUCCAUUGGGAAGAAGAGAUAGUUUAACAGCAAAUCGAACCCUUGCCAAUCAAAACCUUCCUGCUCCUUUCUUCAACCUCACUCAACUUAAAGCUGCCUUUGCUGUUCAAGGUCUUGACACUACUGAUCUAGUUGCACUCUCAGGUGCUCAUACAUUUGGCAGAGCUCACUGCUCUUUCAUUCUUGGGCGAUUGUACAAUUUCAGUGGCACAGGCAAACCUGAUCCAACUCUUGACACAACUUACUUGCAACAAUUGCGCCAAAUAUGCCCGAAUGGUGGACCCAACAACCUUGUGAAUUUUGACCCUGUCACUCCUGAUAAAAUUGACAGGGUCUACUUCUCCAAUCUUCAGGUCAAGAAGGGCUUGCUUCAGAGUGAUCAAGAGCUGUUCUCGACACCCGGUGCCGAUACCAUUCCCAUUGUCAAUAGGUUCAGCAGUGACCAAAAUGUCUUCUUUGAUGCCUUUGAGGCUUCAAUGAUUAAGAUGGGUAACAUUGGUGUGCUCACUGGGAACAAAGGAGAAAUCAGAAAACAUUGUAACUUUGUUAACAAGAAAUCUGUUGAACUUGAUAUUGCUACUGUGGCCUCCGAAGAAUCAUCAUCAGAGGAGGGUAUGGUUAGUCUUUUAUUUUAUAUCUUUCGGACCACUUUACACGUUUUCCUAUCAAAACAAAUUACAAAUAGGAAAAAAAUGAAAGUAACAGUUGUGUGUUGUGUAUUGGUUGUGCUUGGUGCACUACCAUUCUCUUCGGAUGCACAACUAGACCCCUCCUUUUAUAGGGACACAUGUCCCAAAGUGCAUUCUAUUGUGCGUGAAGUUGUUAGAAACGUUUCAAAAUCAGACCCUCGAAUGCUUGCUAGUCUCAUAAGGCUCCACUUUCAUGACUGCUUUGUUCAAGGCUGUGAUGCAUCAAUUUUGUUGAACAACACAGCCACAAUAGAAAGUGAGCAACAAGCUUUCCCAAACAACAACUCAAUAAGAGGUUUGGAUGUUGUGAACCAGAUCAAGACUGCGGUGGAAAAUGCUUGUCCUGGUGUAGUUUCUUGUGCUGAUAUUCUUGCCCUUGCAGCUGAGAUAUCUUCUGUUCUGGCUCAUGGUCCUGAUUGGAAAGUUCCAUUGGGUAGAAGGGACAGUUUAACAGCAAACAGAACACUUGCAAAUCAAAAUCUUCCAGCUCCAUUCUUCAACCUUACUCAACUUAAAGAUGCCUUUGCUGUUCAAGGUCUCAAUACUACUGAUCUAGUUGCACUCUCAGGUGCCCAUACAAUUGGUAGAGCUCAGUGCAAAUUUUUCGUCGACCGAUUAUACAAUUUCAGCAGCACUGGCAAUCCUGAUCCAACUCUUAACACAACUUACUUGCAAACACUUAGUGCACUAUGCCCCAAUGGUGGGCCUGGCACUAACCUCACCAAUUUUGACCCAACCACACCUGACACAGUGGACAGUAACUACUACUCCAAUCUUCAGGUUAACAAGGGCUUGCUUCAGAGUGACCAAGAGCUGUUUUCCACAACCGGUGCUGAUACCAUUGCCAUUGUCAAUAGCUUCAGCAGUAACCAAACUCUUUUCUUUGAGAACUUCAAGGCUUCAAUGAUAAAAAUGGGUAACAUUGGAGUGCUAACGGGAUCUCAAGGAGAAAUCAGACAACAAUGUAAUUUUAUUAAUGGGAAUUCUGCUGGAUUGGCUACUCUUGCCACCAAAGAAUCAUCAGAUGGCAUGGUUAGCUCAAUCUAAAUAAAUUAACAAAAACUUAAGUUAGUGUAUGCUUCAAAAUGCCGACAUUAAAAGGUACCUAAUAAAGAGUUCAAUAGGCACAUACGUGGCUUGUGCCUGUGGUGGACCAUGAUAUAUAUGCCUGUACUUUUGUGCAUUGCGUCACCUAUGCUCUAUCUCUGUAUUUGUAUGAUCUGGUUAAUAUAUAUAUUAUGAGAAUUCUAAGUCAUAUCAUGCAGAUAAACAUG